AUGGCGACCACGGUGGAUGCAAAACUGCUGAAGCAGACCAAAUUUCCGCCUGAAUUCAAUACAAAGGUCGACAUGAACAAGGUCAAUGUCGAAGUCAUGAAGAAAUGGAUUGCAGGCAAGAUCUCAGAGAUUCUAGGCAAUGAAGACGAUGUGGUUAUUGAGCUUUGUUUCAACCUUCUGGAGGGUUCGCGGUUUCCGAACGUCAAACACUUACAGAUUCAGCUUACGGGGUUUUUGGAUAAAGAUACAGCAAAGUUUUGCAAAGAUCUGUGGAAUUUGUGUAUCAGCGCCCAGUCGAAUCCUCAGGGUGUACCGAAAGAACUGCUGGAAGCGAAAAAAUUGGAAUUGAUACAGGAGAAGCUUGACGCCGAAAAAGCUGCUAAGGAAGCUCGUCGUCAGAAAGAAGAAGAAUCGGCUCGGGAGCGCGAAGCGGAUGCGAUCAGACGUCGUGAAAGAGAAGAGCGCGGUCGUGGAGGAAGGAACCGGCGAGGUACAGUAAAUAGAGAUUUUGGCCGCCGAAAUUUUCGAGAUUCCCGUUCUCCCCCUCUAAGGCGAAGAAGCCCCGAGCGAUAUCGCGACCAGCGACGCCCUAGAGGAGAUACAUACGCGCCUUCUGGAGGGCGACGAUCGCGUUGGACGGCUGAAAGAGGACGUCGACGUUCUAGAUCUGCAUUAUCAUCCCCGUCUCACUCGCCCUCUCCAUCGCCUUCUCCAUCCCGAUCUCAGUCACACUCAGCUUCGCCUCCUCGACGUAGAUAUAGAGAUAGAUCGCGAUAUGACAGACGUCGCCGCCGCUCCUUAAGCCGCUCCCGAUCCCCGGAUCGACGGGAUACCAGGCAUAGAAGAAGAGGAAACCCAGUUUAUAGUGACCGGUCUCGUUCUCGUUCUGAAUCAUGUCGCUCACGUUCUCCUAGAAGAUUCCGGAGAAGAUCUUUGAGUUCUUCUUCCCGAAAAUCCCGAUCACCUCCCCCACGUAAUCGCCGAGACCACCGAACGAGGAGACAUCCGUCCCGGUCACCAGCACGCUCCCGCUCGCGGUCAAGUAGUCCGGGGCGUAGGGGAAGUGGAGGUCGGUGGAGAAGAUCACCACCAUCUAAUAACCCAAAACAAGACAGAGCCGAAAUACGAGCUGAUAUAACCAAGGACUCCAAAUCACACAACAGUCACCGCCUCAGUCAAAGUAGGGGCCGUCGAAGCGAUAGCCCACAUCGUGCCCGCAGCCGGUCUCGAUCCCGUAGCACUAGCUGUGGACGCACAAAGCGCAAGAGACACCAAUCUAUUGAAAGAUAUGCUCCAGCAGCGAGAAGACAGCGCAAAGGCUCUCCAGCAUCCUCACCCAUAAGAUAUCCAGAGAAGAAGGCUGAUUCAGAAGAAGACCAAGCCAGACACUUGUCCCAUCCUCCUCAACGCGAAUCGGAUGCCAAAGAUGGAUCCAAAACCCAUGACGAGGUGGGUCAGUAA